UCUCUAGAUUUUGAGUAAAGUCUUUAAAUCUUAUAUCAUCUUUUUAUGCAUAAGGGUAUCAAUUGAUGGCCGGUGUAGUUGAACAAAGGAUUCUACAGCCCAUGCAACACCAACACAAGCUUUUACUUUGUGCUCUGCACUUUGUUGUUCGUACCGGCAGCACCUUUGCGGGAUCAUUAUUGUAAUGUUGGUGUCAGCUGUUUCUGGCAUUGGAGGAUGGUUUGCUAUCUACAUCUCUAAGGAUUUACUUUUGUCUGUCAUCCUAGCUGUUGUAACGACAUUUGUUGAUGGAACUGUAGUAAAGUGUAUCCUGGUGAAACAUAUAAGUGCGGGCAGAAAUGGAGCUGCUCCAGCAGUUAUGAGCCUAAAGAGGUUAUUCUGCAAGUUAUGGGGAAGCAACAAGAACACCAACAUCCUACCAACAAUAAUUCAGUACCAUAAGGAGUUUGUGCAGGAACGAAAACUUCUUGAUGUUCAAUCAUUUUAUUUAGUGACUUCUAUUAUUGAUGAAUGGGUUGUCGGAAAUGUUUCAGUUGACCGGAAACUUUUAGUUGCCGGUUCAGGUCAUCUGAAGGUGUUUUGCAACGGAAAAUAUAGUGUUGCAACUGUGAAACCAAAAGACACAUGUUCGUUGUUUAGUGGUCAUUUAAAUAGUUAUAGAAACAGUUAG